GUUCACGAUGUUUUGUUGGGUAAUCCUAGAUCGGCAACUGUUGAAUUAUUAGAGAAAAUGUCUUCUACUCGAAAGCAACAACUUACUUUUAGGUGUGAUUCUUGUUUUGGCCGUUGCAUCGACUAUGACAAUUUUGAAGAAUUGCAACAACACAAACUUGAAAAACACGGAAUAGAAAUACCUCUUCUUGCAUUACAAUUUAAAAAGAAUAAAAAUAAUAAUAGCAAUGCUUCUCCUCCUGGAAAGGCAAAAAAUAAUUUUUUAAUAUUUGUUAAAAUAAUUUUUAAUAAUUUAAGAUGAGAGCGCAUCCAAAAUUGGCUCGUUCAGUAACCAUUUGUCGUGAUAAAUCAUUGCCUUUGCCACCUGGUGGACUUCGUCGUUCAGCCCGUAUUCCUAAACCAACAUCGGCAAUUAUUCAUUCUCUUUUGUUAGCUAAGGACGAAAAUGGUUCAGAAAGUGGGGAGCAAAUAAAGAAGGAUUCGAAUAAAACACAUGAGCGUUCACAAAUUUUACAAGGGCUUAAAGAUGAAGAAGCUAGAGAGGAUGCUGAACUUGAUGAUUGUAUUAAAGGAAUAAAACGACGUUGGGGAGGAGGAGUUAAAUCAACAAAAAAUUUAAAUAAAAUUAAUGAAAUUAAUGAAGAAUUAUUGCAAAAUAAUGAAACAAAAAGUGUCCAGGAAGAAGAACCUUUUGUCACAAUUUUGAAUGAUGGACGUAUUGAAAUUAAAAAGACAAGAAAUGUUCGUGAAAAGUGCUUAGAUCCGCUUAUGGCUCUUGCUUCGGCUGCGUUAAUGGAAAAGAAUGCUUCUGCUAAGGCUAUCAACAACAACAAAACAAUAAAUAAUAAUUCAUAUAUUAAUUCAACUACAACAGAAACUUUAAAUCAUCAUACGUCUUCUUAUCCUUCAUCUACAUCCUCAGACAAUUUAAAAUUAAAUUCUUUAAAUUCAGCAACAGCAACAUUAUCUAAUAUACAAUCAACAACAAAUAAUAAUAAAAUUAAAGAAAUUAUUCGAGAAAAAAAGAUUUCGGCAACAACAAAAAUAGAUAAAAAACAAAAGAAAAAUGUUGGUUGGAAUAAAGGGGAUAAAAAUGAAGAAGAAAAUAAUAAAAAUAAUGUGGAGGAUAUUCAACAGCAAAAUAAUUCUGAAGCUUUUCAGGAGGAGGAACAACAACAAGUGGGUACACAAAAUGUGGAAAAUGUUGCUGUAGAAUAUCCUCGUGAUUCCGCUUCUAUUGAAAACAAUAAUAACAACAAUAAUAAUAACAGCAUUAUUAUUCCUGCAUCAUCUCAAUUCUUUACUCUCUCAGCAGCACAGAAUCAGACAGCUUUGUUUGUUUCGCAAGACGAUUCUACUUGGUUUGGGCAGUCAGUUGCUGCUCAAUUGCGUUUAAUGCCUUUGCAUAUUAAAGAAUUGGCUAAAAUGAGAAUUCAACAAGUCAUUUUCGAAUGUAAUUCUUCCACAUUUGCGUCUUUCCACCAAUUUGCCCAACUCCAAUCCAAACCACAAAAUUCCCGCAGCAACGAUUCUCCGGCAGCUACAAAUUUUUCAACAGAACAAAAUAAUGGAAUUGAACAAACUUUGGAAAUUAAUGGGGAUAGAGAAGAAAAUAAUGAAGAGGUUGAUGUUAUUACUGUUGAGGAACAACAGCAUCAAAAAUUGAAUAAUGAAACAAAUUGA